CUGCAGCAUGCAGAGUUCGGUGAUUACUGUCAAGUGUACAUAAUCGGUUUCGCUGUGUCUCCUUUUGCGCAAUUUCUCCCAGAGUCAAAGGCACUCUGAUGCAAUGUGCUUGUAGUAGCAGACACCUUAUCCACUCCAAGAUCUUGGUAUCGCCUAAUCUUUCUAGCGAACCGAGGAGAAAUAUGGAGUCAAGCUUGCAUUAUGUGAUUUUGUUAGGUUUGCUUGCGACGAUUCUGGUUACGACCCACGGCCAAGGAGACGCGGUGGGGCUAAAUGGAGAAGAAAUGAGGCCAGUGGAGGUGGAGAUGGUCAUGGAGUACAGAGUAUGGAGGAGAAAGCUGAUGACGCCAUUGGAGUUGUGCUUAGAGUGCAAAUGCUGUUCCUCCACCACUUGUGCCACGAUGCCUUGCUGUUUCGGCAUCAAUUGCCAACUUCCCAACAAGCCCUUUGGCGUUUGCGCCUUUGUUCCCAAGUCGUGUCAUUGUACUUCUUGCUCCAUUUAACAGUAUUCUUUCUUCUACCAACAAACAUGAUGCGUAUAAACUAGACUCACAGAUUUUCUGUGCACGCUUUCGAUUCA